UUGUUUGCAAUCUAACGCUUGUGUGGUGCUAUGUAGAAACAAGCUCCAAAGACACCCCCGCUCCCCACCCGACUCUUCCCCCUCCCCCCAAAAUAACAAACAAACAGAAAAACCCACCUCUUUUGGCUACAUGUAACGUGUUUGCAGGGUCUAAGCUGUCUUUUGCCAGAUUAGCAAAGCUGCCCAAGUUCUACCCCCUCAAAACGACCAGAAAUUUCCUUUAGUUGCUCAGGUGAUGAACUAGUUUUUUGGCUUGUAGCCCUCUGUUCUUCCAUUAUUCCAGUCAGACCCCGAAUUCUGCUCGUUUAAAGACUCGUGAGAAUUGCUUAAGGCUUUUAUUUAGAAGGCACUCCUCAAAAAACAAGUUUUGAAAAAUGAUUUAACUUUUUUAAUGCUAGUCGAGAGAAUAGUGUAAAAUGAGCAAAAUGAUGUCUGAUGCAAUGAAGCAGAACUGUACGAGAACCAUCUGCAUUGUCUGCGUAAUGGGUAAAGCAGAAGGCUCUGUGGCCAGGGAAGAAUGGCACGGACAUGUUACUGCUCUCUCGGUUGCACCAGAAUUUCGACAGCUGGGUUUGGCUGCCAAGUUGAUGGAACUAUUGGAAGAAAUCUCAGAAAAAAAGGGCGGAUUUUUCGUUGAUCUCUUUGUGAGAGUAUCAAAUCAGGUUGCGGUAAACAUGUAUAAGCAACUGGGCUACAGUGUGUACCGGACAGUGUUAGAGUACUAUUCUGCUAGCAAUGGAGAGCCUGACGAGGAUGCUUAUGGUAUGAGAAAAGCUCUUUCCAGAGAUACGGAGAAGAAAUCUAUUAUACCUCUUCCUCAUCCUGUGAGACCGGAAGACAUUGAGUAACUGUAAACCGUGAUUCUCAGGCAUCAUGCUCAGAAUUUUGGAUUGCUUUUCUGUCUACCUUACAGAUGAGAAAACAUAGCCGCAAUGUUUUUUUUCUCAUGAAAUACCAAAAGCAAUAUUGAGAAGUUUACUUACACCGUCUUUAUUGGUAAUAGCUGCAGACUUGUGAACUUCCCCUAGUGAAUUUUCUUUUUAAAUAUUGGUAAAGCAGAGACUAUUAAAUGGAAUCACCUGGUGA